ACAAGGCAGUCAUAGUGGGUUUAACCAACCUUAUAGAAGUAAUAAUGUGGAUACAACCCUUGGUGUUCAGCGCUUUGACCACGGUCAUUGUGGCUGCCAUGGUCGAGCAGGACCCGACGGAACAGCGCUGGUGCGAUGCCUUGACCAGCCUUUCCCAGACUGAUUCCAGGUUCACCUUGGACAGUGGCUGCCCACAUAUUUUGUCCGUGUUUACAGAGAGUGAUAAACAAGGAAUGAACUGCAGCACGAGAUUUCAAGAGGGUAAGAAGAUCUGCACUGUAAAUUAUUACGAGAGGACAUCAACGACAAAAUUCCUUGUCGCCUAUAUUUGCGCUCUACCCCCAAGUCAAGACACAAGCGGCCCUGGGGUGACGGGUGGAUAUAACCCACGAGACCCAACCGACAAGACAUACACAGACCUGCUUCUUGACUUUUUUGACAGAGGAGUUCUGAGCGCGCAGAAAAUGAUCGGUGUUGUCCUCACUGCAGUUAACACACAGGUGGUUGCUGGAUUCAAUUACCAGUUUACUAUUUCGAUGAAUGGUAAAACAUGCGAACUCUUGUUGUUCGUUCGGGAUUGGACGAACACCUACGAGGCACACAGCGACACGUGUCACUUCAGUGUUUCACGUGCAAGACGCGGUCUUCGCCAGAUAGCCAAGGACAAGCCAUCUUUAAGACCUAGAUUUAGUUAAACGUGAACAUACCGGGCUUUAAUUGAUGUUAGCUUCUUUUAUUAAAAUAUUUUUGGUAAAACUCAAGGCCCAAUUGAUUCGUAUUGCAUAUUGGAAUUGUGUGUUGUGUGCAUUGACGAUUUUAUUUGCAUAUUUUUGUUCACUGUUAUUUCUAAAUUACUUAAAAUAAUUAA